AGCACCCAAAUUUUGAUCACAUGACCGCGGGGAUGCUUCGAAGUUUGUAAGUGCAAGGGCUGGUCUUAAGGCACUUUUUUCAGCACUAUCGUAACUUUGAAUAGUUGUUAAACAAAUGGUCAUAAGUCGGGGACUAGCUAUAUUUGUGUUAUCUAUUUAUUAUGGAUGAGGGAAGGGAUUGAGGCAACUGUGAGUUCAUAGCAGAAGACGGUUUUGAACCAGAGAUGCUCUAGUUGAUGGCUUAGUGUCUUAGCCACUAAGGUGAUUGUAGCAAAGCUUAAUUAAAUGAGGCAGGUUUAUAACUAAAUAGUACACAGAUAUGUUAAUUAUAAUUAAAUGUGAGAGAUAGACUUUAUACACAUACAUGAAAGAAUGUACAGGAUGUAAAUAGUGCUAUUGGUUAUGUUUAUGCUGAAAUGAGUAAUGAAAAUAAAGGAUCAUCUUUGCAUGAUUGAAAGAUGGCAGACUUUCAUGACAACAGUGUCAUAAAUACAUUUGUUGCAUUUGACAUAUAAAUGGAUUGUACAUAACUUUCUACAUUUUAUAUAGUCAUUAUAGUAUGUAAAAAACAUGUGCAGAAGCAGAGAAAGGCAUAUAUUUAAUUUUCAUGUGCAAUCUUCUUCCUUAUAGCUAUGUUCUACUAGAGCUCAGCAAUGCUUUGGAUGCGUGAGAGCUUAGACACAGCCCCUGUCUAUGACUCAUUAAAGCAGCCAUGCUUUUUUCCAGAAUCAUGCGUCCUAGAAAAAGACAAGGCCACUUUAAUGAGUCACAAAUGUUGCUCCAUUUGCACUCUUAUGGGUUUCAAAACCCCUUUUCCAAAUCAGUUUGAAGUGUUGCACAGUCCUGUAUUCUAGUUUAUCCUUCCCCAGUUUGACAUUCUCCAGGUGAGUUGGGACUGCAACUCCCAGAAUUCCUUGCCAGUAUCUAUAGGCUGCUCUAAUCUAUUCAUGUAUUAUUGAAAAGCUAUUAAAUAGCAACACUAUUUAUUGUUUAUUUGGUACAAUAAAUACGAGAAUUUAGUUAGCGGUUUUUCUUCCUUAUAAUUUGGUAAUUGCAAUUGCAAUAUUAGGCUGCAUAGCAAUAAUGAGGUACAUAUAACUGUGUCUGCUAGCUGCCUCUUUUUAUAGUUAUGCUGAAAUGUCCCAGAACUGAAGAAGCUUGUUCAUUAAGCAUGUAAGCUAAAAAUAGCAGCUGAACAACUGCCUCAGCUAAGGAACGUUACCAGCUACCACAGUCAGUUAUACAGUUAUUGAAUGGACGCAGCAGUUUUUCUAGAUGGUAUAGCUGAUUAGAUGUGUUGUUUUUGUUAACUUAGGUUAAUGUUUGUUUCUCUGUGCAACUUAAAAUUAUUUUACUAUGGUAAAUGUCAUUUAAUUAGAAGAAAAAAAGAAGAGGGAACUUGUCAUUACAUACACAUAGGUAUGUAAGUCAUGUGAAAUGUAAUUUAGAUUUAUAUUAUAGAAAUCUGUAGCUAUGAUUUUGAAAAUAUUCUAGUGACAGUUGGCUGCUUAUUAGCUUUUUGAGUUCAAUAUUUAACUGAAUAUUGAUUUUUAAAAGCCAAAAUGGGAUUUGAACCAUACUAAAAUGAUAAACUUUGCCAUUGACUUGUAAUGUUGAUUCUAGGCAACUAAUAAUGCUUAAAAAAACACACUGUUCAGUUCUUGCUGUCUGCUUACGGAAGGAAGAAAUGUGCAUAAUUUACAAAGUUUUUACAGUUCUAUCUGUUUAGUUCUUGAGAGUAUGUUAAGAAAAAACAUGUUGAGACAGCAAUGGAAAGCACAUUAAACAAAUCACCUGUUAGCAUCUGAUAAAUUAUGUGACCUUUUAAAAUAGCUCAAAAAGCAAAUUAAUGCUAUUGUAUUCUAAUUUAAGAACAGGAAGUGGAAACUAGUGUUAUGUUCUGUUAAACCUGUAGGUAGUAUAUAGUUACUUAUGUUGAAUUCUAUUUUCAGUGUUGAGAGUGAUGUUAAUGCCACAUCACUUGGCAAAAUUCCAUAGGAUCUUGAUAAUCCUGAAUAAGGAUCAUGAAAGAUUUCUACAGGGUAGUACUUCUCCUUGGUGUUAUUGAAUUAUCUCUGUAAUCAGGUGUUUCUUGGCAGCAUUCCUUGUAAUGCUGUCGUGUGGUUAUCUGAUUUGGUAUAAUGAUAGGCUUUUUCAGAUUGCUGACAUCUUUAUCUUGAAUGAAAUAGAAACAAAAUGUCCUGGCUUGAAUAGUUGAGUCAUCUUUAGAUUCAAAUCCAUUUGUUAUUUUAAAAUAUCACAUAGUUAUUACAGUAACUUUAAAGAUAUAUUAUUCAAUGAAUGUAUUUUCUCCCUUGAUAUUGAGCUUAUCAUGCUGCUUUUCAGUUUCAUACAAAUAUCAUGUCAAAGUCCUAACUCCAGCUCCAACUUCAUUUCAGCAUUCUUAAGCUACACAUAAUUUAUUGUAGUGACAGUCCAAUAAAUAACAUAAUUGUAAUCUUAAUUGUUUUCAUAUUCUAAUCACUUGAUACUCAAGAUAAUAUAGGCUCAGCUCUUUAGUUAUUAAAAUAACACAUGGUAUUAAGAAUGAGGUUUAGCCUAUUUGUUUUUCUUGUUUAAAAGAAGAAAUCUGUUCUAAAUUUAGAUUUUGUUAAAUUAUUAUACAAGAGUUUAAUGUAAAAGAUCUUGAUCAGAGCAGUUAUAUUUGUGACUUGAUUUACAACUUUUGGUUAUUACUGCACAGCUGAAAAUACAAAAUUAAUAUUUCCUUGCCUCUACUAAAGCAGGCUGUAAAAAAUUCUUCAACUGACAACCUGUUUGAAACAAGAAUGUAAAUUAAAGCAUUAUCCAGCCUCUGAUUUGGAUAACAUUUUUUCUUCUCCAGAUUAAAGCUCACAUCCUACGACUUCUGGCAGGAAACCCUGAAAGUUGCAUGUUUAUGCAUAGCAUGAGUGACUCUAGCAUAUCAGUUCUUAACAACCAUAGAGGAUUGUAUCAGUGAUUGGACUGCCAUGGCAGACCUGUCCCAGCAUAUGCUUUCAUUGACUUGCCUAGCAAUAAUGAACCAAACAGAGAAGAAUGAGCAAGAUGUUCCUCCAUAUCUUAACAGUGAACCUCCAGAAGAUUCAGUAAAAGAUCAUCCACAACAACAGCCUGGCAUGCUUACCCGCGUGACUGGUGGCCUCUUCAGCAUAACGAAGGGAGCUGUUGGUGCCACAAUCGGUGGUGUGGCAUGGAUAGGAGGGAAAAGCUUUGAAGUGACCAAAACAGCAGUAACAGCUGUGCCUUCCAUGGGAGUAGGAUUGGUUAAAGGAAGUGUUUCAGUUGUGACAGGAAGUGUUACAGCUGUAGGAUCUGCCAUCUCAAGCAAAGUGCCUUUAACUGGGAAGAAAAAGGAUAAAUCUGAUUAAAGAAAUUCAAUACUGUUUGUCAAGGACAUUGUGUGGCUAUGGAAUCUGCAAGAUUUGGACUACUGUAAAGCCACCAUUCUGGAGGAAUAUCUAAAGAGCUGUAAGAAUAACUUUCUCCGGAAAGGGACAUGAGCAGCCUGGUAUCGCAGAAACUUUAGAUUUCUUCAAGAACUUUUCUGAUGAAAUGUUACACUUGAUAAGAAAUCAAGUACAUGGAUCUGAAGGAAUGGCUCACAUUUGAAUAUUAAUUCACUUUUUUGAAAUCUUGAAUUUAAAAUGUGAAAAUAAAAAUGGGGGGAAUGACCUGGCAAAAAAUUAAGCACUUCUAAGUUCUGAUGAUAUAUCUCCCUUUAAAAUCAUUUCAACAUUAAAGUGCUUAAGUAUUGGCUCGAUUAUGCCCUUAAUUGGUUGCCUCUACCAUACACAAAUACAUUGAUGUUCUAGCUUCAAGUCUAUGGUGUCUAUAUUUUUUUGGAAAACAAUCAUUGAACUGCCUAAAGAGUUCUUGUGUAUCUUUGCUUUUUGAAACUAUUUUUAUACACACUAAAUUCUUUUGAAGUCAACUGUCACAAGGGUGUGUUUGUGUGCACAUGCAUGCAUAUGUAUGUAUAGUAUAUCGACUCAAAUCAUUCAUGCCUUAUGGUGAAAAACAAUCUAUUUUUACUUAGAGAACCUUUUAAAGUUUUUGUAACGUCUGUCAUCUCAAAGCAGUCUGUAGAAGGAGUUUUACACUUUUUUAAUCCGUUGAUACUGACAAAGAAAGACUGCUAAAUCUCAGGUGUAGCUUACUGAUCCUCUCACCUGCAAAAUGAAAAAUGCUUUAUGCAGUUAGGUUGUUUACAUUAAUAUUGGAUAACAUUCAGCUGUAAAAUAAAAACACUUUUCUGGCUUCUAGCCUCAAGGUACACAUGUGUAAAUCUUAUUUCCUGAGUACAUAAUGCUGAUAUAGCAAGUACUGUUGCUGUGCAUAAUCAGUUUACUCAAUUUUCACCCACCAUCGCUAGAGAUUUUGUAGAAGUUGAUGAAUUAUGCUUGACAUUUUCAAAGAGAAUUAACAUUUCUACAAAUGAUACCUCAACAGGUAGGUUUGCUGAAUGGUACCCAUGA